GAUGCCACUCACAGUACAGGAAAUAUUUUCCUACAAAAAGCCUUGCAUUCUGAUUGAUAGCAGGGAUUGUUAUUAUUCAAAAAUGGGUGGGUUCUUCUCCAGUCUUUUUUCUGGCCUGUUUGGCACCAGGGAAAUGAGAAUACUGAUCCUGGGGUUGGAUGGAGCUGGGAAAACCACAAUCCUUUACAGACUUCAAGUUGGGGAGGUCGUCACCACAAUUCCCACCAUUGGUUUCAACGUGGAAACGGUGACAUACAAGAAUCUGAAGUUCCAGGUGUGGGAUCUUGGGGGGCAGACCAGUAUUAGGCCUUACUGGCGCUGCUACUACUCCAACACCGAUGCUGUUAUCUAUGUAGUGGACAGCAGUGACAGGGACAGGAUGGGAAUCUCCAAGUCUGAACUGGUGGCUAUGCUUGAGGAGGAGGAGCUGAAGAAGGCUAUACUGGUGGUGUUUGCCAACAAGCAAGACAUGGAGCAGGCCAUGACUCCCACUGAGGUGGCCAACUCCCUGGGCCUGCCAGCACUCAAAGACAGAAAGUGGCAGAUCUUCAAGACCUCCGCCACCAAGGGAACAGGGUUGGACGAGGCCAUGGAAUGGCUGGUGGAGUCUCUCAAGAGCGGACAGUAACCUCAGCCUAACACCAUGCAAAUAAAUGUGACUUCCCAUCGUAUCUUUAUGCUCCUGGGCCCGGUUUCCCAAAAGCAUCUUAAUGCUAAAUUCAUCGUUAGAAUCUUAGUAGGAGCAUCUUUAAAUCUCUGAGCUGUUUCCCAAAACCAUCGUUACUAAAGUUGCACUUGAAAACGCUAAUUAUUUACCGACUGCUUCACCACUCGUAGAACAGCUAAGUGCGUUGUUUUUGCCCUUUGCGUCACUUUAUUUACAGAAGAUCGCUGCUAAACAUAGAAUCAAGAUGUUUAUCUGUCUGAUUGUGACUGCCGAUAACUUCAGAACGAAGUUGACUACAAAUACGAAGUUGCCAAAAUCUUUGCAAUUGUUACAAACAAGUGAAGGAUAACAAGAUGCAUCAAAUUAAAACCGAGACGACUGCAUUAAAAGAUAAACGGGGCCCCGUGUAGCUCAGUUAGUAGAGCAUGGUGCUUGCAACGGCAGGGUUGUGGGUUCGUUUCCCACGGGGGGC